AUGCACUUUCACGAAAAGCCUUCUACUGACCUUUUCUAUGAUACUGAGGUAGUGACUCAACUCUACCAACACAUUUUGUCUUUGGUAUUUGCUGUAAGGGAGAUCAAUGAAAACCCACAGAUUUUGCCCAACCUCACUCUGGGCUCCCAUAUCUAUAACAGCAACUUUAUUGCAAGCGGGACGUAUCAUGCCUCAAUGGAAGUAUUCUCAACACAAGGCAAAUUAAUCCCUAACUACAAGUGUGAAACAGAGAACAAUCUAGUGUCAGUCAUUGGAGGACCUAAUUCUGAAGUCUGUAUCCACAUGGCAGCCAUCCUGUCCAUUUACAAGAUUCCACAAUUCACCUAUGGUUCUGCUUCUGAGAUGAAUAGGAAAACUCAGGCUAUAUCCUAUCACCAGAUGUUUCCAGAUGUAUACAGACAAUAUCAUGGGAUUCUUGAGUUACUAUUGCAUUUCCAGUGGACAUGGAUUGGAGUGAUAUAUGACAAUGAUAACAAUGGAGAGAGAUUUAUCCAGGAUGCUCUUCCUAUAUUUUCUCAAAGAGGAAUUUGUUUUGAUUAUAUUGAAAGAUUCCCAGUAAUUACAUCAGUUACUGACAUUGAUAAGAUGGUGACAGAGGGGAUGUACAUGUAUGAAGUCAUAAUUGGAAGUAUUACCAAUGUAUCCAUUAUUUAUGGUGAAAUUGAAUCCAUGGUAUUUGUCAGACUGUUUCCCAUGAUAUCAAAACAUGAGGAUGUAGCAAUAAAGGAAAGAGGAAGGGUUUAUAUUAUGACAGCCCAGAUAGAUUUCACAUCAUUCUCCUUUCAAAAGAAUGAAGACAUAGAUUUGCUUCAUGGUGCCCUGUCCUUAGCAGUUCAUUCAAAGGAGGUCCCGAGAUUCACUGAAUUUCUUCAGUUGACAAAUGCUACCUAUGAAAAAGGAGAUAGCUUCAUUCAGGUUUUCUGGGAAAAGGCUUUUGGGUGUUUCUUUUCUGCAUCUGUAGUAGACAGGAAAGAAGGACUCUCCUGCACAGGUGAGGAGAAACUGGAGAAUCUCCCAGCAUCUGUGUUUGAAAUGAGCAUGACCUCCCAUAGCUACAACAUCUACAAUGCAGUCUACACCGUGGCAUAUGCUUUGCAUAACAUGCUUUCAUUUCAAUCAAAAAAGAAAAAGAGUGUCCAUGAAGUAACCCAAAGCCUACUGGCUCAACAUCUGUGGAAGCUGAUAACAGCCAUGAGAGCUAGUAUUGCUUCACAUAUAAACCAGGGCUUCUCUCUUCGGCUCAACCAUUUUGUGAAAAUCAUUUCAUUCAACAACAGUGUUGGGGAAACAGUUUUCUUCAAUCAAAAUGGAGAAAUGGAAACUGGAUUUGAUAUUGUCAACUGGGUAACAUUCCCAAACCUUUCCUUCCUUCGAGUCAAAGUUGGAGACAUACAAGCCUUGUCUCUCGCAGAAAAAACGUUGACUAUUUCAGAGGAAACCAUAAUCUGGCCAAAGUGGUUUAAUGAGGUAGGUUCUCCUUUUUCUCUCUGCAAUGACAAUUGUCAUCCAGGUUACAGGAAGGGGGAAAAGGAAGGGAAACCAUUUUGUUGCUAUGAUUGCCUUCCUUGCCCAGGAGGGAAGAUUUCUAAUCAGAAAGACAUGGACAACUGCUUUCACUGUCCACAAGAUCAUUAUCCCAAUGAGGAGCAAAAUUUAUGCAUUCUAAAAUAUGUAACAUUUUUGUCUUAUGAAGAAACUUUGGGGAUCAUCUUCACCAGUUUUAUUAUUUCCUUUUCUCUCAUUACCCUUUUGAUGCUCUGGCUCUUCAUUAAACACAAUGACACCCCUAUUGUGAAAGCCAAUAAUGAGACCCUCACCUACAUUCUUCUCGUCUCCCUCCUGCUUUCAUUUCUCUGUGCUCUGCUAUUCAUUGGCCAGCCUCGUCAAUGGACAUGUCUUCUUCGGCAAGUUACUUUUGGCAUCAUCUUCUCCAUGGCAGUUUCUAGCAUUUUGGCAAAGACUAUCAUUGUAAUUCUUGCUUUCAUGGCUACCAAGCCAGGAUCCAGAAUGAGAAAAUGGAUGGGAAAGAGGCUGGGUCUUUCUAUUGUCCUUUCUUGCUCUUUUAUUCAAACCAUUAUUUGUAUUAUAUGGCUAUCUAUCUCAUACCCAUUUGUAGAUGUUGACAUGCAUUCCAUGCCAAAGGAAAUUGUAUUGAUGUGUAAUGAAGGGUCAACUGUCAUGUUCUACUGUGUCCUUGGUUUUAUGGGUUUCCUGGCAACUAUUAGUUUUGUAGUGGCUUUCCUGGUCAGGAAGUUACCUGACACCUUUAAUGAAGCCAAAUUUAUCACCUUUAGCAUGUUGAUAUUUUGCACCAUCUGGCUAUCAUUUGUUCCAACAUACUUGAGCACAAAGGGGAAAUAUAUGGUGGCUGUUGAGAUCUUCUCCAUUUUGUGCUCCAGUGGCGGGUUACUGGCUUUUAUCAUCUUCCCAAAAUGUUACAUUAUUUUGGUAAGGCCUGAUUUAAAUAACAAGGAACAGCUAAGAAAGGGAAGAAUUUAA